UCUUCUCUUCUCUUCGGACCAUCAAUGGCGGACGAGCCCUUAUCCACCGUCCAUCGUUCAUCGGACGGCGGUGCUAGCUCCACAUGCCCGCGGCGCGUCCGAUGGGACCGCUUCCUCCCUCGCCCCUCCAUCCGUGUCCUCCUCGUCGAGCACGAUGACUCCACUCGCCACAUCGUUGCCGCUCUCCUCCGCAAAUGCGGAUACCAUGUGGCGGCUGUUGGCGAUGGAUUGAAGGCCUGGGAGUUCAUGACGGAGAAGCGAUUUCAGUUUGAUUUGGUUCUCGCUGAGGUUUCUAUUCCUUCGCUUUCUGGCAUCGCUUUGCUUUCCAGGAUCAUGAGCUCCGAGAAUUGCAAGAAUAUUCCCGUAAUUAUGAUGUCGUCUCAUGAUUCUGUGAACGUGGUGCUCAAGUGUAUGCUCAAAGGAGCUGUGGAUUUUCUUGUGAAGCCAGUUAGGAAGAAUGAAUUGAAGAAUUUAUGGCAACAUGUUUGGAGAAAGCAUUCUUUGAGCCAACAAGUGAAUGCUUCCGAGAAUAAUGCGGCUAGUAAUCGCAUUAGUGUAAAUGCUGGCGAGGGGUCGGAGACCGGGGAGAACAGCGGGGAAGGGAAGUAUGAUCAGAAUGCUGGUACCAAACUUGACAUGGAAAUUGAGAGGGUGCAAGAGCUCACUGAUCCUCAUUUAGUGGAAGGAGGGAAUUCCAACAGUGAUGAAGAUGCUAAACUAGGAGCGCCUAAUCAUGAUUUUGCAGAUAAAUCUGUUGCAGAUACUUUUGUUAUUGAAGGAACUUUGCCUGUUCAAGGUUGUCAUUCAGUUGACAAAGACCAGAUGGCUGAAUAUUCAUACAAAAUAUUACCGUCCAACGAGGAAGCAUCAAGCCCUAGGCGAUGUAUUGAGGAAGUAAAUGUCGACCUUGGCUCAUAUUGUCAAAAUAUGCAUGUCAAUGGAAUACGUAGAGUUUCUGCAGAAUCAUCUCAAGAAAAGAUUGAACACAAUGUUGGUUCACCGCCACUCUGGGAGCUUUCUCUGAGAAGACGGGAAUUUAGAGAUAGGCAUAAAUUAAAUCAUUCAGAUUCUUCAGCAUUCUCAAGAUACGGUGAUAAGAAGAUUCAACCUUCCAUUCCGAAACUGAGUUCUUCGGCCUUAGACAUAGGAAACAAUGAAUGUGCUGAUCAAUGUCUCACAUUCCCACAAUUAACAGAUAAUGGUACUGAUCAUAGUGACAAGGACACAUCUCUUUUUCUUAAUGGGAAGCUGCCCCACCCUCAGGUCAAUGUAGGUGAAGUUCCGAUGAACUAUGAUCUCUCUACCAAUUGUUACAAGGAUACCAGCGCCCUUCCGUCUUCUGAUUCCCAUAGAGAAAAUGCAUUAAUUGGCUGUUCUGCCUCUGGUGAGGACUCUUCUUCUCAUCAUCAUCAAGCAGGGUUUAUGCCAUCACAAAUCCCUGUCGGAGCAACACAUUAUCAGACCUUUUGUCCUGGGUAUGGUGCCAUCUUACAGCCAGUGUUCUAUUGUGAGAAUUCCUUAUCACCACAUACUUCAAACACAGUUGAUAUAGUUAGAUAUCCUAUUUCUUCUCAUCAAUCUGGUCUUAGAGACAAUCAUGCUGAUAAUGAUCACCCUGCUAUGAAAUUUUCGCACCCUGGAGAGUGUCAUCAGCCUUAUCAUUCACUUAAUCCAAGUGACGUGGAACUAGAAAACAGAGCAUUGUCGUGUCCUCAGGAGCAAGCUAACCGAAAUGAAAUCUUUAGCCUAGAUAUAUUAAACCGUAGCAGAAGUAAUGGUAGUGCGGAAACAACAGAUGGUGUGAUGCCCAUAGGAAAUGCUCUUGAAAAUGGGAAUGAGAGUUCUUUCCAGAACUGUAAUAAGGAAGCCCUAGAAUGCAGUCAUUCUCGCCGUGCAGCUGCAUUGAUCAAAUUCCGGAUGAAACGAAAAGACAGAUGCUUCCAGAAGAAGGUUAGAUAUUACAGUAGGAAAAAGCUCGCCGAACAACGGCCAAGAGUCAAAGGUCAAUUUGUAAAACAAAAGAAUGUGGGAUCCUCAACAGCUACAGAUGCAGAAGAGUAAUAUUUGUAUAGUAUUCUUUUGUUUCCAUUCAUGGAAAAUUAGUGGUAAGGAAACGUGUUUUGACUAAACAUAUCAGGCCUCUUGAUCACCUCAUAAUGUAAUACAAAGUUUCUAGUGAUAUUAGAUAACAUGUCGGCACAGAUAUACAAAAUUCUGAACUUCACUUUCAGGCAA